GCACCGCCGCCCGGGGUUGGAGGAACCUGAGGCGCGGGGCACGGGACCGCGAGGAGUCCGGACGGCGGCGGGCGCGAGGGCAGGCGUAGCCGGAGGGGUCGCGCCUGCGUCGACCGCCGCCCCGCGGCCUUCGUCUCCGCACGUCCCCUCCCUCUCCGCCGGGACGCGAGAGAGCCCGGCGCGCGACGGGGGCGCGAGGCGGAGCGGGCGGGGGCGGCCAAUGCGAAACUGGCUGGUGCUGCUGUGCCCGUGUGUGCUCGGGGCCGCGCUGCACCUCUGGCUGCGGCUGCGCUCCCCGCCGCCCGCCCGCGCCAACGGGGCCGGCCCGGCAGAUCAAUUGGCCUCAUUUCCUCAGUGGAAGUCUAGUCACUAUGAUGUGGUAGUUGGUGUGUUGUCUGCUCGCAAUAACCACGAACUUCGAAAUGUGAUAAGAAGCACCUGGCUGAAGCAUUUAAUACAACAUCCAUCAUUAAGUCAACGUGUGCUUGUGAAGUUCAUAAUAGGAGCUCAUGGCUGCGAUGUGCCUGUGGAAGACAGGGAAGAUCCUUAUUCCUGCAGACUGCUCAACAUCACGAAUCCGGUUUUGAACCAGGAAAUUGAGGCUUUCAGUCUUUCUGAAGACACUUCAUCAGGAAUUUCUGAGGACCGAGUUGUCAGCGUGAGCUUCCGAGUUCUCUACCCCAUCGUUAUUACCAGUCUUGGGGUGUUUUAUGAUGCCAGUGAUGUGGGUUUCCAGAGGAACAUCACGGUCAAGCUUUAUCAGGCAGAACAAGAGGAGGCUCUCUUCGUGGCCCGUUUCAGCCCCCCGAGCUGCGGUGUGCAGGUGAACAGGUUGUGGUACAAGCCCGUGGAGCAGUUCAUCCUACCCGAGAGCUUUGAAGGUACCAUCGUGUGGGAGAGCCAAGACCUCCAAGGCCUCGUGUCAAGAAAUCUCCACAAAGUGACUGUGAAUGAUGGCGGCGGCGUUCUCCGAGUCAUUACAGCCGGGGAGGGCGCCUUGCCCCACGAGUUCAUGGAAGGCGUGGAGGGAGUGGCCGGCGGUUUUAUUUACACCAUUCAGGAAGGUGACGCACUCUUACAGAACCUCCAUUCUCGCCCUCGAAGACUUCUUGACCACAUAAGUAACCUCCACAGGGAAGAUGCCCUACUGAGGGAGGAAAGCAGCGUUUAUGACGACAUUGUUUUUGUGGAUGUCGUGGACACUUACCGAAAUGUCCCUGCGAAAUUGCUGAACUUCUACAGAUGGACCGUGGAAACAACCAGCUUUGACUUACUGCUGAAGACAGACGACGACUGUUACAUAGACUUGGAGGCUGUAUUUAAUAGGAUUACCCACAAGAAUCUGGACGGGCCUAAUUUUUGGUGGGGAAAUUUCAGACUGAACUGGGCCGUGGACCGAACCGGCAAGUGGCAGGAGCUGGAGUACCCCAGUCCUGCCUACCCAGCCUUUGCCUGCGGCUCGGGGUACGUCAUCUCCAGGGACAUUGUGCACUGGCUCGCCGGCAACGCGGGCAGACUGAAGACCUAUCAGGGUGAAGACGUGAGCAUGGGCAUCUGGAUGGCAGCCAUAGGACCUGCGCGCUACCAGGACGGUCUGUGGCUGUGUGAGAAGACGUGUGAGACGGGAAUGCUGUCCUCCCCGCAGUACUCGCCCCAGGAGCUGGCGCAGCUGUGGCAGCUGAAGGAACUGUGUGGGGAUCCUUGUCAGUGCGAAGCAGCAGCGGGAGGGUUUUAACUUGCUGUGCCGGAGGAGGACGGUACGCCUGGGAGCAGCUGGGGUCAGUCGGAGGGGAGCCUGCAGUUAGGUAACAGGCGCUGUGGUCUUUCCAGAUAGUUCUAGGUUGGCACUUUUUACCUGAAACCAAUGUGAUAUUUCUAAAUGUUUGCACAAAAUUUCCUUUUUAAAAAUCAACUGAUACUGUACAUAAAAAUUUUAUUUCCAUAUUAGAAGACCAUUUGAAAAACACCAAAUUGUUUUAUAAAACAUGUUUCUAAACCUGAGGUAUCCUUUCUAGUUUAUAAUUCAUUACCUAUCACUUUUGGUUAAAAUUGGCCUCGUCAGAAAUCUAGUAACUAAGAAUGUGAAUUCCAGCCUGGAUUACAGAAUGGCUCUGUGAAGCAGAAUUAGGAUCAUGAAGGGCCAAAAACAACUCACAGAAUGCUGUGUGGUCACUUAUACCAAAGUUUGGGAAUGGAAAUGGUCUGAGUGAAGUGGGCAACUGGAAAAGGAACCCAUAUAAGUCUCAGUUCUGGACCUUGGUUUUAAAGGUCACUUAUUAAGUGAGCUAAUUUCAGUUUUCUUUUGCUGUUUAACAUAAAGCCUGAAGGUCACAGUCUAGUACUAUUUUAAAAAAAAAGCUAAAAUUCUGUGGCUAUAAAUCAAAUACCUCUCUGGGUUUUAGUGACAUAGGGAAGGACAGUGCUAAGUAGCAGACACUUUAAAAGAAUGAAUUUUUCUUUCCUCCCGUCAUUGCAUAAUGUUUACCUAAUAUGAGUGAACUCCGAUCAGAGAUGGAAAUCUUCUGUAGGAUAUAUGCCCAACUCUAGGGAAAAGCAUGUAAUGAAUUUUUGUAAGUACUCUAAAAACAGGGUAAUGGAGGGAAGAGAUCACAGCACACGUUACAUAUAGAAAAUGCCUAAGUUUAAGCAACAUUUCCCAAAGUGACCGUCCAAAUCAUUUUGCUAACUUUAUAAGCUCGUAGUAUCCAUAGAGUUCCAUUAGAACUGGUCCUAUGACCAACAUUAACUGUGUUCAGAUUUCAUUAGACUAGCUAGGUUCUAUUUAAUAUUUAAAUCUCCACAUAUGGAAAUGUAUAGUCACGAAAUAUGAAAUAAAAUCAGAAAAUCAUUAGUAGGUGCAAAGCCUUUAUUACUGCUGUUACAUACAAGCCUAGAAAUGGUCUCUUCCCAGUGAAAAUACCACCUUUUCUACACUUAGGGCAAGUUGUAAAACCUCUUUUUCUGACAGAAUUGUUCCAAUAAAUCCUUUAUUUCCGGUGACCCCCACACCCAGUCAUGAUAAUCAGUGUAGUCCCCAGACUUUCUUAGUUCAUUAUUACCAUCGCACCAACAGACAAUCUCCACUUUCCACAGAAUAAAACUGUAAUGACUGCUGGUCAUUUUCGAGCUCGAUCUCUCUGCCAGGCAUCUACAAACAGAACAAAGGGUUGGGGUGAUAAAGGCGGAGCCAUCUUCAUACCUCCCGAACAGAGGCAUAUGUUUCCCAUUUAGAAACAAUACAUGUCACAUGGAGCCCUAGAUUCACAGUGUGUCACACUAGGGGGACUCAGCCGGACUCUGUUCUGUGGGCUACUUACUUUGGGGCUUUCAUAGGACAGCAGCAGUUUUGACACAGGAACUUUAAGAAGACGGGCCAGCAGUCCCUUCACCUUCUGAAUUGUCAUGGAGUCUGUCAAAGAAAAACACCCUCAGUUCUCUCAAAUGACACGUGUCAAUCUAGCUCGUGUGACAAGACCUCAGUCGCAAUGACUCACGGUAUCCGUUUCCCCGUGGACAUCAUUAGGGAAAGUCUCGCCUGCCCCAUGCACCUGGAGAGCCGGUUCCACACCACUGACCCGACAAGUGGGGAACUGAGCCAGGGUUUGGCCUAAGUGCCCUUUGACAGUGGGAUUCCAUUUCAGUGGUGGCGAACAUUUCCUCCAUCUGAAUAAACCCGAAAUCCCGUUCUGUGCACAGAGGAGUAAAUCUGAGUAGAAAGAAUCAUUCAUUUUCUAAACCUCUGAUGACUCGCUUACAGAUGGCAGCGAGAAUGCUGGCAUGGGGGCUCAGGCGUCCGGAAGGCGCCUCUCCAUGGCUCUGCCUUGGUUUCCUCCUCUGUGGAAUGAGGCAGGGACCGGUCUGUGAGAUCGUAAUGUGGGACCUGCCUCAUGAGCAGAUGCCUUGGUUUGUUCAGAAAAUGCUAUGAACUUAUUUCCAAAGAUGGGUUGUGGUAAAUAUUGGCUAUUUUGAUGAUGAGAAAUAUAGUUUCUUUGAAGCUUUAGCUGGAGGUACAGCAAUAGUAUGGUGUUCCUACAAAUAUCACAUGUAUUCAAAUAUUUUUCUAUCAAAAAUGAUUUUUGUAAAGCUGUGUUUUUAUGCAACUUGUGAUAAUAAAUGUUAUCUUUAUUUUAGAAUAAAAA